AUGCUCGCAUAUACUAGCAAGGUCUUCUACAAAGUCGGCAAAACCAUGUAUCUUGAUGAACCACAUUGGGAGCCUGCUGAAGGAUCUGGAGUUGUGUUGCUGGGCAAUAACCCGAUCCGGAAGAUGGAAUACUAUCUAGACCAACAUCCUGAGAUAGCCUUCGCCACCUAUAAGGAGUAUCGGGAAGCCCCACCCGCCGGCUACAGCAGAAUGGAGACCAAAGAUGGCAUUUAUCGUUCUCCAAAACCUACGCAUGAAUAUCUCUCGCUGAUAGCACCUGAUAUGAUCGAAGCGGUCGAGGAAUUUGUUCAAGCGAUACCUCAAUUCAGCGACUAUUUCCCCUACUUCGAUUCUAGAAGGAAUAUAGUAGCACCCUAUCUUUUCAUGUACUACAGUGCACCAUUCCUACACGAAGUAGUACCAGAACCCAGAAUACCCAACCAAAACCUCAUCAAGCAGUUACACGCAGUAAUUCAAGACAGCUAUGGUGGCGAAUACCACUCAGCAAGGCUCCAAGCAGAUAAAGAUCAUAUUCAGAGCAAACUUAUUCCCAGAUACGGCCCUCUAGCUAAUCCUGGGUCUAGUCACAAACUGAAUACGUGGGUUUGGGAAGUUCCUGUGUGGUACUGGAAAUUCGACGGCACCUAUGCGAAACACGAAACUCGUGUAAACGUUGUCAUGUCUCUUGGCUACGAAGAAGAGUCAGUUGAGAUCAGAAAUCUCAACAAUUACCCUCUGCAGUAUGCGGACAAAGAAAUGAGAUUGCUCCUUGAGAAGAGAGGCAGGACAUUCUGGUCUCUCCGAAAUAGACGAUUUGUUUCAUACCUGCGCUCCGACGAAGAUGAGCUCCAUAACGUUGAAGACAGAUAUAUGGUCGACACAAAGGCGUAUAAGAUGUUGUUCCCAAAUUCGAAGAUCGCGCGAUUACAACUGAGGAACAGACUCAGCGCUACAAUUAUGGCACGCGACGAACCACCCGAAGAAGGCAAUGCGCUUUUGGUAGCUCCAUCGACGAUCAUGGCUCACAAUCUACAAGAGAAGCAGUGGAGAGAGCUUUUGGUUGAUCGCGUUACCGACAUAGUAUGGAACAAACAAGCCUUUGAGGAUCUAGUCGCCGAACCAGAGACCAAGGAACUGGUGCAAGCGCUUGUUAUGAAGAGAAUCAAUGCUAAAAAGUCGACUGACUUUGUAGCUGGUAAGGGAAAUGGACUCAUCAUGCUUUUGCAUGGAGCUCCUGGAACUGGCAAAACAUUUACAGCUGAGGGUGUCGCCGAAUUUGCAGAGAAGCCUUUACUCCGUGUGACUUGCGGAGAUGUAGGAACAGAUGCCGAAAUCGUUGACCAGCGACUUCGCGCUACAUUCCAGCUUGGAAGACUAUGGGACUGCGUUGUACUUCUGGACGAAGCGGAUGUGUUCUUGGAAGAACGUGACAUGAAAGAUCUCAAGAGGAACGCUCUCGUAUCUGUGUUUCUCCGCGCGCUCGAGUAUUAUGAUGGCAUCUUAAUUUUGACUUCAAAUCGCGUUGGCACCUUCGACGAAGCCUUCAAAUCUCGUAUACAACUCGCCCUGCACUAUGAAAAUCUCGGAGUCAUCCAACGUAGAAAGAUCUGGCGAAAUUUCAUUGAACGCAUGAGAACCCUUGAGGAAUACUCUGAUAGGGAUCUGGACGAGAUCCUCGACCAUAUUGAGGAGCUUGGUAGAGAGCCAAUGAAUGGACGAGAGAUUCGUAAUGUUAUCACCAUUGCGAGACAGUUGGCACAGUUUAGAGGGCCUCAGGAACGUUUUGGGUAUCCACAUCUCGAGCAUGCUAUUAAAGUGGCGAGCCGAUUUAGCAGGUACCUGAAGGAUAUGAGGAUGGACUUGACUGAUGAUAUGAUCAAGCAGGAUAAUGGGAUCAGAUUUUCAUAUACUGUGGUUCCGGCAGGUCUGGAAUGA